AAUUUUAUUAUAUUUUCUGUCUCACUGGAUAUUCUGUCUAUAAUGGAUUAUAUGUAUAAAUAUUUACCAUCAAUUAUGCCUGCCGAAUUUAAAGAAUCUGUUCACAACACGACACGUAAAAUGUUGGAUCAUGUUGGCAACCGGAACAGGAAUUACCAAUGGAGCCUAGAUGAUUUUGAAAUUGGAUCACCAUUGGGAAGAGGAAAGUUUGGUCGUGUAUAUUUAGCUAGAGAAAAGACUACUCAGUAUAUGGUUGCCCUGAAGACAUUAUAUAAGGUUGAAUUGAUAAAAGGACGUGUGGAAAAGCAAGUAAUGCGAGAAAUCGAAAUACAAUCACAUUUAAGACAUCCACAUAUUCUUCAACUGUUAACAUACUUUCAUGAUAACAAGAGAAUUUAUCUAGUAUUAGAAUUUGCUGCAAGAGGUGAAUUGUACAAGGAAUUGAAACGCCAACCAAACGAGAGAUUCAGCGAGCAUUUAUCUGCCAAAUAUACUUACCAAGUAGCUGAUGCUUUGGAUUAUUGUCACAGGAACAAUGUGAUUCACAGAGAUAUAAAACCUGAAAAUUUGUUACUUACAUAUAACGGAGAUAUAAAACUUGCAGACUUUGGUUGGUCUGUACAUGCACCGUCCUCAAAACGAGACACAUUGUGCGGAACCUUAGAUUAUUUGCCACCAGAGAUGGUAAUGGGACAGACUUACGAUUUCUAUGUUGAUCAUUGGUGCUUAGGCAUUCUUUGUUACGAGUUUCUCACAGGACAGCCGCCUUUCUUAAGUGGCACCACACAAGAAACGUACGCGAAAAUAAAAACUAUAACUAUAUACUGGCCAGAACAGGUUAAACCUGCAGCCAAAGAUCUUAUAUCUAAGCUAAUCAAGAAAAAAAGUUCAGAGCGAAUUUCCUUGCCUGAUGUUAAAAGACAUCCCUGGAUCGUAGAACAUAAAAAUUUACCUAAGUUGAAAGCUUUAAACUAAAAAGGGAUUUUAUUUAUAGGACAUUAUUUUUUAUCGAUUUAACAAUAUAUAUUUUAUCUU